GACAGUUAAAGGUAAAGAGUGUUUGUUGCAUAAACCUCGAUCCGCUUUAGCUACUAACUGUGCAGCAGCCUCUCCUGCAGCUCUGACACAAACAUAAAACGGGCGUUGAGGUAACUGGAGAGUUAAAGUUUGAGUGUAAGUGUGACAAAAAGCCUGAGGUGAAACACACAAAGGUUUUUCUCUGGAAUCCUUUAUUUUAUUCCACAGAAUGAGAUCCCACUUGUUUAGAUGAUGCCUUCUUCUACACGACAGCACCCUCCUUCUUUUCUUGAGAAUGUAAGUGAGCCAAGGAGGGACGUACAGUAUGGAGGAGUGUCUUGCAACAGUUCACAACUAUAAGGGGAGCAGCUGAGCUUUGCACACAUCUGUGCACUCCAGUGACGCAGCAGAUUUUAGAGUUUGUUCUGAGUAGCUAUGUCUGCAAUUACCCCUGUGAUAUUCCUGGUUUUCCUGAUCAUCCAUGAAGCCAGCAGUGUGGUGGAUCAGGGCAUGAAUCUGCGAUGCAGAUGCAUCUCCAAGGAGAAAAAGCCCAUCGGACGUAACAUAAGAUUGGACAUGAUUGAAGUAAAUCUUCCAAACUCCCACUGCAAGGACCUGGAGAUCAUCGCAAUUCAUAAAAACAACAGACAAAAGAUCUGUUUGGAUCCUGAUGCUCGUUGGGUCAGAAGAAUGCUGGAUAAAUGGCUUGUGCAGAGGCAUGGAAGAACAAAUCCUGACCACAAGUAGGGACGUAUGCCAUGGAGUAUAUGCCAGCAUAAAUGCAGCGAGUUUGCUGCAUCUGAAAGGGAAGAUUCCUGUGGAAACUGUGGCAGUCGGUGACGUUACGAUUGUUUAGAAACACACAGAGACAUGAUGGUGAAUAUGAUUAUCAGAAUAGCAUAUUAAUUAUCCGCUUUUGUGUCGUUGGGUUGACGUUUCACCUUUGAAGAAAACAAUGGGGAUGAGUAAAAAACCCGACCCUUUCUCUAGCAGCAAACAUCUGUUUGAAGAUGCUAAAAUCUGUUUCAUAUUUUCUAUAAAAAUACAUAUAUCUUUGCACUUUUAUAUUGACGGAAUGAUUGUGAAUAAAUUGUGAUUUUAUUUUAAAUAUA